UCGCGUUGCCAUGGGCGACUGUGCUCUGCUGCCAGAAUGCCGCGGUGAUCUAACGAGGAACUGGGAUACGUCUGCGAACCAAACAGCCCGUCGGACUUUCCUUGCUUUCUUCGCGGAUCGCAGGCAUUAAGAUGACGUACGAGAGGCAGCAGGCCGAUAUCAACAGAGAAUUUCGUCCAGUGAAAGGAUUCGAGGGGAUAAAAGUACGUUACUUGAGGUUUCCACAUGACGUACUAGACAAGGCGGAAUGUGAUCAUUGCCAGUACAUUCCAAAGGAAGUAUAUUAUCUUCGUUGCUUCAAGCAUAAACUCUGUCCGGAAUGCAAGCAUUAUUACAACGCUUAUUACUGCAACAAAUGUGGAGUUCAAACAAGCACCAAAGAGCUUAGUGAUGCUGUGAGAUAUAUCAACGAUGAGGCAAAACACCUGCGGGUGCUUUGCCCAUUUUGUGAGGAGGAAAUGCGGCUGGAAUUGAUGGAGGAUCAUUAUCAAGAAUGCCUCGAGAGGCCAAUUGACUGCAUCUGCUGUAAGAGCGAGAUGCUGAACAAGGAGAGCACCAAGCAUAACCUCCAAUGUCCAUGGCGUCUUGUGCGCUGCGAGAACUGUGAAACGUUUUACGCCUACUCUUUAGAAAAGAAACACAAGUCUGAGUGUCCGAAGACCGAAAGGAAGGGUUCCGACGGCGAUGUCAACGUUCUCAACGAAAGCCUACAAAAUAAUCAAGACAUGGAGUGCCAGGAGCAAUUGGUUUUUUGUGCCACCUGCAACAGUAUAAUGAUUUAUGAGGACCUCGGCAUGCACAAGUAUCAGUGUCCGAUGAUGGAAAGGGAGUGUUCCGACUGCGGCGUCAAGGUUCUGAACAGAAACCGUCAAAUUCAUCUAGACUUCAUGUGCCGGAAGCGAUUGGUUAGUUGCUUCGCCUGCGACAGUACAAUGUGUCCCUAUGAAUGGAUGGACCAUGACCAAGAAUGCCCCGAGAAGUUAGUGUACUGCGACGACUGUUCGGACAAGGUUCUACGGAAGGAGAAGUUCAAGCAUGCCUCCGAGUGUCCAAUGCGUGUUGUGUACUGCGGGAACUGUGAAGGGUUUUACGCCUACUCUUCAGAAAAGGAGCACAAAGAGCAGUGUGAAAUAAAGAAACUUGCUUGCGAGUACUGCACAUUGGAACUGAAAGGCGAUGAUGAAAAAAACGCGCACCUUGAAACCUGUGAAGACGCUUUGAUUGAAUGUCCUUUUAAAGAGUUUGGAUGCAGCGAGAAAGCCCCAAGAAAAAAAAUGCAGGAACAUGAGAACGACCCACACAAUGCACUGCUUAAACAAGUGAUCGUUAAGGCGAUGGACACGAUUUCAGAGCUUCAACAGAAAGUAAAAGAAAUGGAGCGGUGCAACAUGUCUCAACGAGAGGAAGCGAGGAAUGAAAAAGCGAAGCUGGAAAAAAGAAUACAAGAACUGGAGAACAGUCAGCUUGAGGCGGAUCAAUAUCGAAUUGACCUUGAAGACGACGUUAAGGUCUCCAGAACUGUGCUGCAGAGCCUAGAGGAUAAAGUCGGUCGCAUCUCAAAGGAAGCAGCCACCCGAAGGAGAGUGGACAUGCUCAACGAAAGAGUCGAGACGUACCUUGGUCCUUUGGAACGGCUGCUGAACGGCCUGCGUGAUGUAGACGAACAAUGAAAGGCACUCCCCCACUUGUACCUGUCUCCGAUUCUGUCUGUAUCGAGCUGCUGUGUUCCGAGCGUUCCAACACCCAUAUUUCUGUUGACUGCAUGUGAGUGGCAGAACGCAUCGAUUAAACCAGGAGUCUUCAAAAGUA